AUGGACUUUCAGAUCGUAGCCGCCGGUGUGAUAGGAUUCUUGGCAGCAGCUUUCCUACUUGUAACCUGUUACGUUGUCGUUGACAAAUGUUGGCGCAGAAACGACAUUCAUGACGGAGUCUCCUCAUCUGGAGGGUUAAGCAACGACCAUGAUGAUGACCAUUUCAUGUUUUACUCACCAGAGUUGAGAACCAGCGAAGAAGAAGAGAAUAUCUCUCAGCAAUGCUCUGCCUGUUUGAAUGAGUUUCACGUAAAUGAGACUGUGAGGGUUAUACCACACUGUUUUCAUUUGUUUCACGUAGAUUGCGUCGACCCAAAAAAUGUCAGUUGCCCUCUGUGCCAAACUAGGUUUUCUUGUGACUCAAGUGUUCCUGCGGAUGAGAUUACUGCUCCCAACAAUUCCCCAGUGAAUGCGUUGCACACCGUCGUGAUUAGAGGCGAGGAUGAGUAUGAGGUCAUUGAGAUAGGUAUAUGGAACGGUAACACCAGUAGUGAUGGAGAAGUUUCUUUAUUUUGA